AUGCGGUACAUCAAAGGCACCCUGCAACAUGGACUUCUGUUUAAAAAAGCGACAAAUUUUAUACUAGAAGGUUAUACGGAUGCUGAUUGGGCUAGUGAUGUGAGUGAUAGACGAUCCACAAGUGGUUAUAGUAUUUUCCAUGGGGACAAUUUAGUGCAAUGGAGCUCUAGGAAACAACUAGUGGUUUCAUUAUCUUCAACAGAAGCUGAAUAUAGAGCCCUCUGUCAAGCAGCCACUGAAUUAGUCUGGAUUCAGCAUUUAUUUCAAGAACUUGGUAUAAACAUCAACACAACCCCUAUUUUGUGGUGUAACAAUAUGAGUGCUAGAGCUCUCUCAUCCAACCCGGUAUUCGAUGCUAGAACAAAGCACAUUGAAAUAGAUGUGCAUUAUGUAAGAAAGCUAGCUACCAAAAAGAGAUUAGUGGUUCAAUAUGUUGGCACAGAGUACCAAGUUGCAGAUAUUUUAACUAAGGCACUGCCAGGGAACAGGUUUCAGUGUCUAAGAGAGAAGCUGAAACCCAUUUCGAUCAUUUCCUUCACGAGUACGUUCACCGACUCCGCCAAAUACGGAUACACCCCCAUGAGCUUUGGCAAUGUUGUUGAUCAAUUCCAUAAUGAGUACUGUGUUACCUCUGGUACUAAUUCUGAGGACAGCAGUGUUCCUCUGGUCACUGGAAAAGUGAUAAAUGUUGCUGUUAUGCUGCGUUCUGCUACUGUGUUGCUAAGACUGAAAUAUUAUGUAGUUGUUGUUUACGGGAAAAAUGUUGAUUUACAGGUCUGGUAUAUAGUUCAGUUUAAGGGAGCAUAUUAUGCAGUUGCUGUUUACGGGAAAAAUGUUGAUUUACAGGUCUGGUAUAUAGUCCAGUUUAAGGGAGCAUAUUGGGAUAAGUGUACUGGUAGAUUAGCAACUAUAUGUAUUGAUGACAGAGGGAAUUUCACAAGUAAUAGCACUUAUGAGAAGAACAGGAACCUGAUCCUCUCAUCUCUUGCUCCUAAUGUCACUCUACAUGAUGGUUAUUUUUACACUGCAAGUGUUGGCCAAGAGCCUGACGAAGUUUAUGCUCUUGCUCUUUGUAGAGGAGAUUCUUCUGCAGAACAGUGUGUCAGUGGUGUCAGUUUUGCGGCCGAAGAUAUCAUGAGGCAAUGUUUGAACCAGAAAGAAGCAGUUGCAUGGGGAGAGGGUCCUAAAUGCAUUGUACGCUAUUCAGACCAUUCGAUUUUUGGAAAAAUGGAGACGUAUCCCUGGGCUGAAGGCGGCUAUGGGACUAAUAUCACAACCAACAUGACACAGUUUGAUCAGACUUGGAAGAGUUUGAUGAAUCGGUUGUUGAAAACAUCUUCUACUGGCUCUAAUAAUUCUAGAAAAAAGUUCGCAACUGGAGAAGCGAGUUUGACUGAUUCUGUGAAGAUUUAUGCACUCAUGCAGUGUACUCCUGAUAUUUCAGAAAGUGAUUUUGAUUCUUGUCUUCGUCAAUCUGUGUUUUACUGUGAGAGCCACUACCAUGGCAAAGCAGGUUGCCUUCUUGUGAGACCUAGCUGUAUUUAUGAAUGGGAUUCGAGUCCAUUCUAUGCAGCCUCUCCUGAUGCUCCAUCCCCAUCCCCUCCUCCUUCACAGUUCACGCAUAAGGAAAUGAUCAUAAAAGAGAAAGGAGGCAUUGCAUCUAAGACCGUUUUUAUCAUUGUUGUUUCUACGGUUAUCUCCGUAGCACUUGUUGCCUUCACUUGUGUCCUUCUUUGGAGGAGAACGAGAAAGACAAAGCGAAUGAUGGGAGGUAAGCAAACAAUAGAAGACGAUGAUAAUGUGGAAUCCUUGCAAUUUGACUUUAGCACUAUCAGAGUUGCAACAAAUAAUUUUUCAAUUGAUAAUAAGCUUGGACGUGGUGGAUUUGGUGUUGUUUAUAAGGGUAGGCUUCUUGAUGGACAGGAAGUAGCUGUCAAGAGGUUGGCUAUAGGUUCUGUACAAGGAGAAACAGAAUUCAAAAAUGAGGUCCUCUUGAUGGCCAAACUUCAACAUAGGAAUUUGGUUAGACUUCUAGGAUUUUGUUUGGAAGGAAACGAAAAGCUUCUCAUCUAUGAGUUUGUGCCAAAUUCAAGUCUAGAUAACUUCAUAUAUGAUCCAACCCAGCGUUUAAUAUUGGAUUGGAAGAUGCGAUACAAAAUCAUAAAGGGCAUAGCACGAGGAAUUCUUUAUAUUCAUGAAGAUUCUAGGUUUCGCGUCAUUCAUCGUGACUUAAAAGCCAACAAUGUUCUUUUAGAUGUCCACAUGACUCUAAAAGUUUCAGAUUUUGGAAUGGCAAAGUUGUUAGCAAUAGAUCAAACUCAAGGCCAUACAAGUAGAAUUGCGGGGACAUUUGGGUAUAUGGCUCUAGAGUAUAUAAAGCAUGGGCACUUCUCAGCUAAAUCCGAUGUUUUCAGCUUCGGUGUGUUACUCCUGGAAAUAAUGAGUUGUCAAAAGAAUAGUUCUUUUCCUACCGAAGAGGAACCGCAGGAUUUAUUAACCUAUGCAUGGAGAAAUUGGAUUGAAGGUAAAGCUGUGAAUCUAAUAGACCCCAAUUUGAGGGUUGGCUCCAAUAGAGAUAUGAUGAGAUGUAUUCACAUUGGGUUGCUUUGCGUUCAAGAAAAUGUAGCCAAUAGACCUACAAUGGCUUCAGUAGUUCACAUGCUCACUGGUGACACCCUUUCUAUCCCAACACCAUCAAAACCUGCAUUUUUUAUGCACUUCAGCACAACGACAGAUAAAUUAGAAUCAACGGCAUUGGAUCAAUCAAAAAAUUUCCAAUUUUCAUUGAACGAGGCUUCAAUUACUGAUUCUGGCCCUCGAUAAUGUCUGAAGAUUGAUUUUGUAUCUUUAGGCUA